AUGGCGGAGGUGAAGGAUAUUGACAUCAAUGAGAAAGAGAAAGACCUCGAGUCUCCUCCUCAAUCGGAUAAUAGCGACACUGACUCCGAAGGCGAUAUCCUCCGUGCCGCUGGUAUCGACCUCACCCAGGAUGAUAACACUGACAAUGUUUUGACCCUUCGCAUGUGGGUGCUUGCCAUUGGCUUCUGCAUCGUUGCAAGUGGCCUCAACACCCUCUACACCCUACGACAGCCAUCUCUGACCGUUUCCGCAAAUGCCGUGCUUCUUUUGGCCUACCCUUUGGGAAAGCUGUGGGAGAAGACUGUGCCCGCCUGGGAUGUGCCCUUGCGGGCUUGGUCUUUCAGUCUCAACCCGGGACAUUUCAGUACCAAGGAACACACUUUGAUCUAUGUCAUGUCGAACCUGAGUAUCUACGUUCGUCUCGGCGCCGACGUCUUGGUGGAACAGGAGAAGUUCUACGGCUACAACGCCGGCUGGGGUUUCCAGAUUCUCAUCACUUUAUCCACCUUGCUAAUUGGUUUCUGCCUUGCUGGCCUAUUCCGAUCCAUAGUCGUCAUUCCCAGGGAGCUCAUUUGGCCUGGUGUGCUCGGUGUAACAGCUCUCACAACCACUUUGCAUAAUGUUUCUCGCGGCGAAACGAGCUUCAAUACCUGGAAAAUAUCCCGAUACGCCUUCUUUUCGAUUGUUUGUGCCGGAUCUUUCUGCUGGUACUGGUUCCCCGACUUUAUUUUUCCGGCACUGAGUUAUUUCAAUUUUCCUUGCUGGAUCACGCCACACAAUACCGUCGUGAAUCAGGUAUUCGGGAUGAGCUCCGGCAUGGGUCUCAUUCCUAUCACAUUUGACUGGAGCCAAAUCUCCUACGUAGGAUCUCCCCUGCUAGUUCCCUCGUGGGCAAUCCUUAAUGUUUUCGGAUCCCUCGUGUUUUGGAUCUGGAUCGUGGCUGUUGCUUGUUACUACACCAAUGUGUGGAACACAGGUUAUCUGCCGUUCCAAAGCUCCAAUGUCUUCGAUAACACCGGAGCCACCUACAAGGUAUCCAAGAUCGUGAAUGCUGCCUCGACUUAUAGGUUGGAUGUGGCCAAGUAUCUCGCAUAUUCGCCGGUCUACAUGCCGAUCACCUAUGCUCUGAACAUGUUUGGUCUGUCAUUUGCCACUCUCACUGCCCUCCUAGUCUGGGUCGCCCUGAACCAUCGCCAUGUCAUGGUGGAGGCAGCGAGACGAAUCCCCAGUGUUGUGAUGGAAUCACUUCCCGGGCGACCGAAAACCGUCAAUGACGAUGAAACAGGAGCACCAGAAGUUCCGAUGUGGUGGUACAUGAUUGCCUGCGUCGUUGCCCUCUUUAUGGCGAUCUUCGCAGUUGAAUACUGGAAUGUUGGGCUCAGGUGGUAUGGAGUUUUGCUGGCUCUAGCGAUCGCUCUGGUUUUCUUCCCUCCGCUUGCCCUUGUCUACGGGACGGCCAAUACCAAAAUCAACAUUGACAUUUUUUGUCGCAUCGUCGCUGGAUUCGUCUUUGAGGGCAGUGUUCUAGCAAAUAUCUGGUUCUUCGAUAUUGGCUAUAUCACGACCAUCAAGGGACUAUGGUUCGCACAGGACAUGAAGCUCGCCUAUUACUCCCACAUCCCUCAGCGUAAGCUCUUCCUUGUGCAGUGUGUGGGAAUGGUCAUCGGCACGCUGUCCUCUUUGGGUGUUCUGAACUGGGCUCUGCAUCACAUCGAGGGCGUCUGCACCAGUGCCGCCCCCAAUGGAUUCACUUGCCCAUUCUCCAAAACGCACUUCAACACUUCCCUGAUCUGGGGCGCAAUCGGGCCACGUCGCUAUUUCCGGAGUGAAAUCGGUUACUCUUCUCUGUUGUAUUUCUUCCUCAUCGGCGCCAUUCUCCCGAUCCCGGUGUACAUUCUAAGUCGCCGAUACCCCAACUCGAUGUGGAAACGGGUUCAUAUUCCACUGUUCCUCGGUGGUUUAAAUUUCCUGCCUCCGGCGACUGGAAUGAACUACGGCAGCUGGGCGAUCGUCGGCCUGACAUUUAGCUGGUUCAUUCGAAAGCGCCUCCAUGCCUGGUGGAGCAAGUACAACUUUGUUCUGAGCUCGGCAUUGGAUUCAUCCGUCAGUGUCGCUGGUGUGCUGAUCUUCCUGACUAUAUUUUUCACAGGGGCGAGCAAGCACUUCAAAUGGUGGGGAACCGAUGUGUACAUGGUAUGUAAAUAUUCCACCGCUACUCCUCGUACACUUGACGCGUUAUUCGUACGCGUUACGUGUCAUGCGUUCAUGGAUGUUGUCCAUUUCUACUAG